CCCUUCCCCCACCCGCGGUUAGACUGUACAGCACUUGCCACGAUACUUCCUCUCGCCCACUCCCCUUCUUAUAUUCAGCACCUUCUCCAUUUUCUCCACUUCAUGUAUCCUCUUCCCUAGCAUUACAUAAAUCCCUAGUCUUUGUACUCCAGACAAACAACAAAAGCACAUAGUACUUCUUUGCCCUUCUCUCUCGCAAAACUCAAGCCGAAAGAUUGUAUUUUGAAGAAGAAGAAGGAAAAGAAAGCGAAGAUGGAGAGCAAUCAAUCAUCCUUCUGGCAAUUCAGUGAUCAACUCCGUUUACAAACCAAUAGCUUAGCCAAUCUUUCCCUCAAUGAUUCGAUUUGGAGCAAUUCUUAUGUGUCCAAAAGGCCUGAAGAAAGGAGAAACUUUGAUAUCAGGGUUGGUGGUGAGGUCAAUUCAUUAGGCAGCAGCAAUUUGAAGUCUGAUUUUAAUCAGGGGUUCAGCAAUGAUUCUGGCUGGAACAACAACAACAACAACAACAAUAAUUACAACAUCAGCAACAAGUUUGGAUCUUUUGGUGGUUCUUCUACAAAAGGCGGUUUUGAAAAUGUUGGGGUGGGUUUAAAUGGUGGAUUUAAUAAGGGGAUCUACAAUUCCUCUGCAGUUAAUUUCGCUAAUUACAGUAAGGGAAAUAAUAAUGUGGUGGCGAAUGGUAAAUUGUUCUAUGGCAAAAGUGGUAAAGUUGCUGAUUUGGAUGAGCUUGGAAUUGUGCAUGUGGGUGGUAAAAGUGGCAAGAAGAACAAGGGUAAUAAGGAUAUCAACAAGGAGAGUUCUAAUAAUAACAAUAACAACAACGGUGAUGGCAAAAAUGGGGUGGACAAGAGGUUCAAGACUCUGCCACCAUCUGAGUCUCUGCCCAGGAAUGAGACUGUUGGUGGAUAUAUUUUCGUCUGCAACAAUGAUACCAUGCAAGAAAAUCUCAAAAGACAGCUUUUUGGCUUGCCUCCCCGCUACCGAGAUUCUGUCAGAGCAAUAACACCAGGAUUGCCCCUGUUCCUCUACAAUUAUUCCACCCACCAACUCCAUGGAAUUUUUGAGGCUGCAAGUUUUGGUGGAACUAACAUUGACCCAUCAGCCUGGGAGGACAAGAAGAACCCUGGUGAAUCGCGUUUCCCUGCUCAGGUUCGUGUGAUGACUAGGAAGAUUUGUGAACCUAUGGAGGAAGACUCUUUUAGGCCAAUCCUUCACCACUAUGAUGGCCCUAAAUUCCGUCUCGAAUUGAGUGUUCCUGAGGCCCUGUCUCUCUUGGAUAUAUUUGAUGCCUAGAGCGUAUUUUAACCCAACUGGCCGCUGGGCAGCAGGCAGAGUUUGUACCAACACACGAUCCACCAUCAAUCAACAACGGAACAGAUGGAAGUGAGGGAGAGGGAGUAUAAAGAAGUACAAUAAUAUUUUUACUACUACCGAACCAAUAAUAAUAUUUUGGCAGGUUGAAGGCGCAUGUAUUACUAUUAUGUUAUGGAAGAACAGAGCAGCUAUGUACAGAGAGAUUUUAUCAUCAUCAUCAUCAUCAUCAUGUGUGUUUAAUUAAAAAAGAGAGAGAGAGAGAGAGAGGGUACUUUUUUUUGGGUUGGUGGCUUUUGCAAUUACGUGGCACGUUACGCCCUCACAUACUACAGAUUCUAAAGUGAAAAAAAUAAUAAUAAAGCGAUAAAGAGGCCAUAAUAGUUA